GUUUGAAACAUAAUUUUCUGCAAAUUUAAAUUUUUCAAUUAAUAUUAUAUUGUGAUACUUACCGAGUGGCAUGCUCUUUGUCUAUUCUCUUUGCUUACUUAAUAAAUAAACAUUUUAUUGUGAAUGACUGUAGUUCUGUAGAAAACACAUGGCCAUUGGCUUAAUCAAAACAAACCGCAAAGUUGUGGGAGAGGUCAAAUAAAUACACGGAAAUAAGAUUAUAAAUUAAAAAUUUCGAUGGGUGUGCGAGGACUCACCGGUUAUAUAGCGCGUCAUGCAGAGCAAUAUCUGCUGCCUUACGAAUUACAUGAUUGCAAUCUGGUGAUAGAUGGCGAUAGUUUGUCCUGUAAUAUAUUCAAAGACGUGUCGGGGAAUUGUUCUGCCUUCGGUGGCGACUAUGACGAUUUCUAUCGUGCUGUCGUAGAAUUUUUUCAAGUGCUAGCUGAAUGCAAUAUUGAACCUUAUGUUUUAAUGGAUGGUGGCUAUGAAUACCGUAAAUUGCGUACAGUUGGUAAACGCUUGAGAGGGAAAAUAGCUAUAAUCAAACGCAUAAAUCCUUGUGGCUCCAACCCAAUAUUUCCACUGCUAAUGAAAGAAGUAUUCGUUGAUGCAGUACGCGAUUGUGGGGUGUCUGUAAUGCGUUGUGUUUUUGAGGCAGAUGACGAGCUAGCGACAUUAAGUCGAAAGCUCGGAUGCCCAGUACUUACCUAUGAUUCUGAUUUUUAUAUAUAUAACGUGCAAUAUAUACCACUAAUCACAUUGACUGUGAAGGCGCAUACCAAGCGUGUAGAUGAAGCAGAGGUGUCGAAUGAAGAUAUUUUGUCCCAACGAAAAUUGCGAAAAAAUGAAGCCAAACGUGUGGAAAAAUUGACAAAGGCAAAUCGCAUAGUGAGUGAAAUUCAGGUGAAUAACAUCGAAAAACGCGCGCCGAAAAAGGGAAAAACAUACAAGUUCUUAGAUUGUUGCAUAUAUCGAAUUGAGCAUUUAAUAGCGCGUCGUUCGCUUUGUAAAGAAAAGUUGCCACUUUUUGCAGCAUUGCUGGGCAAUGAUUACAUAGGUCGUUCCUGUUUCAAAAACUUUUUUGCGGCGGGAAUGGGAAAAGUUGGACGCAGUCGAAAAGUGCAACGUCAACAGAAAAGAAUACAAGUAAUAUUACAGUGGUUGAAAGAUGAAACUGUGGAGUCGGCAUUGUCGAAGAUUUUAAGUCGUUUGCGAAAGAUCCAGAGAAAAUCUUUGCUGGAUCAAAUGAAUGCAGCAAUCAGUGGUUAUUCAAAUGAAAAAUGUCACUCCUAUGACUUUUUUAUAAAACAUUAUGAUAACGCAUUUAUAAGAUACCCACCAAAGAAGCUGAAUGAUGUCAGUUACGUUGAUGAUCAAGUCGAAAGUGUCGAAGGUGAAGACGAAGGCGAAAAAGAACAAGAAGAUAUUGCAGAAAGCAAUGGAGAAUGUCCAGAAGAUGACAGUGGGGAAGACAGUGAUAGUGAAGAAGAUUCUGAUCUCGAAGAAGAAGACAAAGAUGAGGCAAUAGAAAGUGGUGAAAACAAAGGUAAUGAAGAUGAAGAUGUAGACGUAGUCGAAGAAGAUGAAAAUGAAGAGAAUGAAUGUGAAGAUAAGACAUCGAUAUUUCCUACUUGGUUCUUGGAAAAGUUAUAUCCUGCCCACUUACCACGCUACUUUGUGGAUCUCGUACAUCUUCGAAAAUAUAUAAACAGCCCGCAAAUCGAACAUUUUCCCUACAAUGAUUGCAAUGAAAUUGCACUGCCGAUAUUAAGAUAUAUUUUUACAUUAUUGAAUAGCGUGAAAGGUGAAGAAACACAACCCGCACUUGACGAGAACGGUGAACCACUGCCUAUUGAGUUUACUUAUAUGGGGCGAAGACCGCGAGUUACAAACAUACACUAUACACGCUAUGCCAUGGAAAGUGAAACUAAAUUUGAAUUGACACCUGCACAACCGGAACCUCUGCUUUUACGAAACGUCUUCAAAGAUAAAAUGCCUUACUUGGAUAGUGAAAAACUUUUCGAAAAAGUCAAAGAACUUCCCAAAGACUUGCAAUUGUAUUUCCUUGCUGUCGUUUAUUGGCUGCAUAAAUCUCAAAACUGUGACCUAAUACAUCUUCAUGCUUUAAUUAUCUGUGUGGUUGUACUACACACAAUUGAUACGAAAAUACCCGCAGAACGUGGUCUAAAAGAAUUCCAGAAGCGUUUUGGCAAAAUUGUAAAAAAGGAAAGAAUUGUUCGUGAUACGGAAGUGCAAAAAGGUAAUCCACGCACAAUUAAGGAGCAUCUACUCGUGUUAUCUGUACCGGAACGCAUGGAGUAUAUACCAAAAUCCGAUUGUUACCUUGUGAUGGAUAAUUUACUAAAACAUUUUCAUAUGCAGGAAAUUUUUAAAAAGAAAUACGACGCCUAUUCGACAAUUGUUUUGCAUGCCUUCUCAGAAUUCCAAUCGAUUGUCUUCCAGUUAUAUGGACUAAAUGGCUUGCUUGAUAUGCCCUACGAGCAAGCAAAAAUGGGUCAACUUUUUUGUGGUGUCUUCAUUUACAAUUUAUACGAUUUGUUAAAGACGCGUGUUGAUAUUACUUAUUAUAUACAAAACUUUAUCUUUCGCGAUUCACAAAUGAUGUUUGACUUCUACAACUAUUUAUGGCAAUGGUGUGAUGAGUUUGUGCCGCAAUGGAAACGUCCUUCCACACAGACAGCUACGACAGUCGUUAAUAAGAAAUCUUUGAAAAAGAAACGACAAGCUGCGCGUAAGCUUGCAGCAGCACAGGAGAAUGCAGAUCCCAAUGCUGAUAUUGUAGAUCGCAGCGAAAGUGAUGAGGCUGCGCUUGCGGAAGUGUUCGAAGAUUUGAAUAACAAAUUUAGCACGUUCCUUAGUGUGAGAUAACAGUCAAGGAAUAGUUUUUGAAAUACCAGUAUGUAAUACAUUUAUACAUAUAAGUAUGUAGAGAAACCGUGAAAAAUAAAAAUAAUGCUUUAUAUUAUAAAAACGAUUUAAAAUAUUUCAUUGAAUUAAAAUGUUUUAAAUAUUGGGUUAUAUGAAAAAAACGAUAGCCACUGAAAAUAUCGUUAAUUUAAUAUUUUUAAUUGAAAAAUAAAACUAAACAGCUAA